CUCUCUCUCUCUCUCUCUCUCUCGCGGAAGUGGAAGUGGAAGUGGAAGCAGGGCAAAGAUGGGCUCUGUUUCGUUGAAAAUUGGUGAUGGAAGUGCCAGAUUCAAAAGGGCUACACUGUGUUCUUCAACUGUAAACGUUCUCAUGCUAUUCUCUGUAAUCACCACGAAUCUCUUUGCUUUGUAUGCUUUCACAUAUUCCCCAAAGGACCACCACGCAAACGCAGUUCACCAUACUCACAAGAACAUCUCUCUCAUCUCAGAACAAGUCUCUUUGAUCCUCAGCGAGAUCGAUUCUUCUCAGAAAAAGCUUACCCAGAUGGAGAAAGAGUUAUUGGGCUAUGACAGCAUAGAUCUUUCAAGACCCAACAUAGCAAAUGAACUUAAAUUGUUUCUCCAACACCACCAGCUUCCACUUGGGAAAGAUUCAAGAACUGGGAUCACUGAAAUGGUAGCCUCUGUGGGCCAUACAUGCGAGAAAUCCAUGGAUUUACUGUCUCAGUACAUGGAUUACAAGGUCAAUGGACCUUGUCCAGAUGAUUGGAGCUUUGCCCAAAAGCUGAUUUUGCGUGGAUGUGAGCCUUUACCGAGAAGGAGGUGCUUUCCCAGGACUAUUCCCAAGGCGGGUCUACAAUCUUUCCCAAUUUCACUUUGGAAAAAUGUCAGUGAUAAAAUUUUUACUUGGAGUGGUCUUGCUUGCAAGAAUUUGGAGUGCUUGAAUAGUAAGAAACUGAAUAGAGAUUGUGCUGGUUGCUUUGAUAUAGUUAAGGGAUAUGAGACUCAGAGAUACAUUAAGGCAAGAGGCAAAAACGAUUUCCUUAUUGAUGAUGUAUUAGCAAUGGGAAGUGGUGGAAUCAGAACUGGAUUUGAUAUUGGUGGUGGGUCUGGGACUUUUGCUGCUAGAAUGGCAGAGCGUAAUGUGACAGUAAUUACUGCCAAUUUGAACAUUGAAGCUCCUUUUAGUGAAUUCAUCUCUGCUAGAGGACUUUUUCCUCUAUAUCUGAGUUUAGAUCAUAGAUUCCCCCUUUAUGAUAAUGUGUUUGAUUUGGUUCACGCCUCAAACGGAUUGGAUGUUGGAGGUAGACCUGAGAAAUUGGAGUUCUUGAUGUUUGAUAUCGAUCGGAUUUUGAGGGCGGGUGGAUUGUUUUGGUUGGACAACUUUUAUUGUUCAAAUGAUGAUAAGAAAAUGGCUCUAACCCGGUUGAUAGAACGAUUUGGGUACAAAAAACUGAAAUGGGUUGUGGGAGAGAAAAUUAAUGGAUCAGGGAAAUCAGAGGUUUAUUUGUCUGCUGUGCUACAGAAACCUGCAAGAGUAUGAUGGUUAAGAACUUUUCCUUGAUUCUUCAGCAGGUAAGAACAGUGUUUCUUGUCCAAGUUUUUGUCACACAGAACUGUGUAGUUCAUAACUUAAAAUUCUCAUGGAAUUUCUUUGCAAUGUAGAAUAAGUGAUGUGCAUUGAUAUGUUUAUUUCGCCACCCCUCAAUUCACCAGUGUAGCAUGAGGAUGAUCAGUUCUGCAAUUAGAAGUUGCCAUAUGUUUUAACCUGUAAUAUUAUUUCAGGACAAUGAACUAUUAAGGAAAGAGAAGAUCAUAUUGUAUUCUACAAUUUGUGAAAUAUUAAAUUGAAAUUUAGCAAUGAAACAAGGCUUUAUGUACAUC